GCAACGGCGGCAGCUCCCGGCUACACAUUCACAUGACAUUCUCUCAGCCCCGGCAACAGAACAACGUGUUUGUGUCACACAUUCUCUUCCCCUGUGUGUGUCACCGGCGCUAAUAUUUUUUUUACCUUCCCCGCACUAAUGGGUGAUGGAAAAUAAUCUGUCAGCAGCAGAGAUCUUUGGGCUGUCCCUCCUACUGCUGCUGGCUGCGGAUCACUGCUGAGUGGGAGGGCAGGGAUGGACAUGAUUCCUCGCAUUUCUUGUUAAGGGAUCCACAUGCGGACCGUUAUUCUGCUGCUAGCUGCUUCACAUCGCUGUGCUCCUGGAGUCCUGUUGUAUCAUCAUCCCAUGUGCCUGGGCUGUUUACUGACCGACAGGGAUUAUGGUGAAAUUGCCAUCUCUCACGCCUUACUGGCCCCUCAUCCGCUUCUUGGUUCCUCUGGGCAUCACCAACAUCGCCAUCGACUUCGGCGAGCAGGCAUUAAAUCGGGGGAUUGCUGCCGUAAAGGAGGAUGCCAUAGAAAUGCUGGCUAGCUAUGGGCUGGCAUAUUCACUUAUGAAGUUCUUCACUGGUCCCAUGAGUGAUUUCAAGAAUGUUGGCCUUGUUUUCGUGAACAGUAAGCGGGACCGCAUGAAGGCCGUGCUCUGCAUGGUGGUGGCCGGCAUUAUAGCCGCUGUGUUUCACACACUCAUAGCAUACAGUGACCUGGGCUAUUAUAUUAUAAAUAAGCUGCACCAUGUGGAUGAGUCUGUGGGAGGUAAGACAAGGAAGGCCUUCCUUUAUCUUGCAGCGUUCCCCUUCAUGGAUGCCAUGGCUUGGACGCAUGCCGGAAUUUUGUUAAAACACAAAUACAGCUUUUUAGUGGGUUGUGCUUCCAUUUCUGAUGUCAUAGCACAAGUUGUGUUUGUAGCUAUUUUGCUCCACAGUCACCUGGAAUGCAGGGAGCCGCUUCUUAUCCCAAUCUUAUCUUUGUACAUUGGAGCCCUUGUACGCUGCACCACCUUGUGCUUAGGUUACUAUAAGAACAUACAUGAUAAGAUUCCUGAGAGUAGUGGGCCAGAAAUUGGAGGAGAUGCUACAAUAAAAAAGAUGCUGAGUUUUUGGUGGCCUUUAGCAUUAAUAUUGGCUACUCAGCGAAUCAGCAGGCCCAUCGUAAACCUCUUUGUCUCUCGUGACCUGGGGGGCAGUACUGCAGCCACAGAGGCAGUGGCUAUCCUUACUGCUACAUACCCAGUUGGACACAUGCCAUAUGGAUGGCUGACAGAAAUUCGGGCUGUCUACCCUGCUUUUGACAAGAGUAACCCAGGCAGUAAAUUGGCGAACAGCAGCAACCCAGUGUCUAAAACCCAUAUCAAAAACUUCACAUUUGCUUGUAUGGCACUUUCGUUAACGCUCUGCUUUGUGAUGUUCUGGACCCCUAAUGUGUCUGAGAAGAUACUAGUUGAUAUAAUUGGAGUAGAUUUUGCAUUUGCUGAACUGUGUGUGAUUCCAUUGAGAAUAUUCUCCUUCUUCCCAGUACCAGUGACUGUGAGAGCACACCUAACCGGUUGGUUGAUGACUCUCAAGAAAACAUUCGUGUUGGCACCAAGUUCAAUCUUAAGAAUUAUCGUCCUCAUCUCUAGUCUUAUUGUCUUGCCUUACUUGGGGGUCCAUGGAGCCACCUUAGGUGUAGGUUCUCUUCUAGCUGGUUUUGUAGGAGAAUCUACCAUGGUUGCUAUUGCAUCAUUAUAUGUAUAUCGAAAGCAGAAAAAGAAGAGCGAGACAGAAAAUGCCGUGGAAGGAGAAGACUCUGCAAUGACAGACCUACCGCACAAUGAAGAGCUUACAGACAUAGUUGAAAUAAAAGAGGAUGGAGAAUGAGUCGGACUUUGUAUUUCAGUGCUCUUUGCGAGAGCAGAUACAAUGUUGCUCCAUGCCUUUUUUCAAGCUAUUUUUAUUUUUAAAAGGAAUUUUAGGUUAAAAAGACACUUUUUUUUUUUUUUUUAGCAUACUGGGUAUGCGUACCAUAGAGAGGGCCUAACAAAAGCUCUUGCUUACACAAAUGGUACAGUCAACUUUACAGCCUAUGGACUUAAAAGUGGCAAUAUUGUAAUGAAGAGACUUUUCCUUCUUACAUACAUGAAACGUCAUUGACCAGUCCCCCAACUAAGCAUCAGCUAAAGCUCUGCUGGUAACAAAGCUGCCAUCCUAUUGUUGGGAUCAGAUUAUCUAAGUUUCUCCUUUUAAGAUCAUAGAUCAUAUGACAGAAUACCAGUGAUAGCCGAAGCCUUGCAAUGCUUUCACUGUCUGCCUGUUUGUCUUUGGCAGUUAUGUCUUGUCACCAUACUUGUCUGUUUAUUGCAGUCCACUUAUAAGUUAAAAAGGGAUUUCUAUUAUUGUUAUAAUUACUAGGUAACAGUGUUUUUAUACCACACAAUAAUUUUUCCCAUAAAUAAUUUUUUUUUUAAUUUUUUUCAGUGAAAAAUCCUUGACUUAAACUGUGCAACUCUUUAAUCAUUUUUUCUGUAGUUUACCAGUAGUUCAUUGACUUGCACUGUUUAUUAGGUUAUGUGGUAGCCUCUCAUACCCUCAGUAUUUAUUCGUUUAUAGAGUGAACCGAUUGCCUAACUGCUGAUAGAUUUAAGCUACUACACACAUUUUAGUGCUACAAGCAUUUAUUAUAUUUAUCUUUAAUAUAUCAUUUUAAAAUGGCACAAGAGUAUUAAUCUCCAUAUUAUCCCUUGUCAGGAGCUAUUGGAAUUAAACAACAUGGCAAGCUAAUAUCAUUAGUACAGGUAAAAUAUAAAAUCAGACACAAACUCAGUACCUGUACAAUGUCAUAUUGGAAGGCACGGGUCUUAUUAGACUGAUUGUUUUUGGUUUAUUCAGUGCCAUUAGUUAUUUUACCUUAACCUUUAAUAAACUAUAUAUACUGGAUGCUACCCAAGUUUUCAGAAAACACAUUCCCACAUAAUAGGGUACUAAUAUAACAGUAAACAUGAAGACUAUACAUACUCUACAUUCCCACUUGCCUUAUAAAAUUAAGUAUGGGCCAUUCCAAUUAAAUAGUCCAAUACACAUUGUUGGAACAUUAAACUACACACCCAGCUGGAUUUACCCCUGGGAAGCCCCAGGGCCAGCAUCCUCCGGCGCCCCCUCCCUCCUACAGGAUGGAGCACAUUUGCAUCCUCCAUAAAGGAGCACUUAGCCUAGCGCUUAGAGGUGCCAAAUCAAGCAAACUACCCUUGCAGCAGAUCGCCAUACUGCCCUAGGCCCUGCCUUUAUGGCCUCACUGCAAAUCUGGGCCUGUACACACCCCCAACAUAUGUUGAGACAUUAAACUGCAGUGGAAGCAGUUUAGCACACAGAAAAAAUGAAUGGUGGGAACAAUAGACAGAAGGGGUCAUUUGCGAAGCUCGACACAAAGUGCAAAAAAUAUUGUUAAAAAGUGUUUCCUAACCAUGUACUUCCCCCACAAAUACAGCAAUGACUCCAUUAGUCAGCACUGUAUUAGUAAAGGGGAGGCUCCUGGGCAUACCCACUCCAACCCCCUACCCAUCCCAUUAAUUAUGCUUCCUUCAGAUGCACAAGUUAGGUAGCGGAAGGAGGCACAACCCGCAAAGAGGCACUGUCCUUACCAGUCACCCUAUGGUAGACGUUCCAGAUUACCCCAGGAUGCGAGAUGUUUGCUAGGGUAAUCUGGAAUGUCUGCCAUAUGGUGACUGGUAAGGACAGUGCCCCUUUGUGGGUUGUGCCUCCUCUGCGAGAAGUGUACUCAUACUUCCUUUAGCGCUUCAGCAUUGGAAACCAGAGUUUUGUUAAUGACCCCUAGAGGGUCCCCAAAGUCCCUGUGUUUGGUAGCUCCAUAUCCACCACCAUAAAAGUCAGAGAAAACUGUUUUUCAUACAGUAUAGAGUAGUACCAUCUACUAAAAAAAUAUAGCCAAUGGUGGAAUUAUCCAUACUUAGAACAUUAUAGGUCAAAUUUACUUUUUUUUCUAAAUUUCCAAAAUAUGGAAGUAAAGCCAUAAUACAUGGCUUAAAUAUGGGAGUACUAGAAGGCUGCAGUUGUGACUAUAGCUACAGCUAUAUGGCUGCAGCUGUGAACCUUAUUUAUGAAACCUUGAUUAUCAAAUUAUUGAGUGCCAUCUGUCUCAUAAACCAUUAGAAUGGGAUAACUGUGUGGUAUAAAAUCACAUUAUGUGCAUUAUCUAUACCAUAUGUUCUUCACCUGCCUUGUUCCAUGUUGGUGUUAAAUGUUAUCUGUUGUGGUUUUUUUUGUCAUUAUCAUUAAUAACGCCACCUCCUUCUGGCUGUAAAGAACUGAAUAUCUUUCUGGACACAGAAGACAAAGUGGAAUAUUUUUUUUAAUAAUAUUUUUUUCUCGCGGUACUUGACUAGAAAUAUAAUCAGCAGUAUUUUUUUGAAUAUUUGUGAAUAUAUUUAAAACCUGUGUGGGUUUAAGGCUGAAGAAACUACUCUUAAAAUUUCAAGGGAAAAAAAAAAGUAUUUGAAUGUAUUGGCAACAGUUAUUGGAUGUUUGCAGAAUAUUUGGAAGAGUGAGAUUCAUUUUGUGUAGAAUUUAAAGGGAAUGAUAAAAAUAAUCUUUAAAACUGGAUAGAAUAAAACUAUUUGUGUAUUGUAUAUACAAUUAAAAGUAUAUACAGCUA